UUCCAUCUCCCCUCCCUUCUCGCAAGCGGCUAUAAUACGGAAAACACAAGCUCUUUUUAUGGAUGGUUAGUUACACCGCAUCCUUGCUUUUACACAAGGAUAUCCUGUCGCGGCGAAAUUAACCGCGAUUCUCGUUCGCCUGGAAAGCCUCCUGGCGCAAUGGCGUUAAUGGCCUGAUAACCACCACGAACACAGUCUGCCUCGACUGAUUUGGCUCGCAGAAUACUGGUUGCAACCCGUGCUGUAUCUCCGUUGUAGCACAGGACAAGAACCCGCUGGUCAUUAAAGUUAGAGGAAUUAUUGACCUGGCUGAAGAUAUCCUCCAGUUCCAGCCAUUGUGCUUCCAGCACUUUCACAUCUGCGAACGGGCUGGGCUCCGCUGAAGUCAAGCUGCUGAGCGGGAUGUUUAUAGCAUCCGGCACAUGCCAGCUUUCAUAGUCGGCUUUCUUCCGCAGGUCAACUAUGUAAGUCUUUGGCUUUGCCCUGAUGGCAGUCCAGCAGUACAUUUUCACAGCCUCAGGAGGCUCGUAGAAGUGGGGAAGAAGGUCGCUUGGAAGCCGUUCCCAGCUGUCAUCAUAGCGGUAUCUAUCAGCCUUGAUCAAAUUCUGGUGAUCUAUUAGUGUCAAGUCCAAUUUGCAGCGGAUUAAGUGAUGGCGACAUUUAUUAUUUAUUUCGACUCACCUGGUUAUGUAUAGGAUGGAAUUUCUCCGGUCCUAAUUUCUGGAAAUACUCGUCGAUAUACUGGUAUGGCAGAUCGCAACACAAGAAAACGCAUUGAAUUAAACCAUCAGGGCCCGCUAGAUCUUGCAAAGUCCCAGCCGAUUUGCGCUUGCCCAACAUUUGAACAAGCCCUCUUAAGUUGAACCCGGACGAUGGGCCGCAAACCAGCCCCUGCCUGCACAUUUCGAGAGACAGCGAAUAAGCUUCAGGCGAUCCUACUUCUUCAAUUGCAUCUAUGGCCUUUUUCCACGGGAACUGAACAGGUUCGAGAAGAGAAUGGGAUCUAGGGCCUGGAACUCGGUCACCCGGAGCUGUGCAAACCCCAAGCCUGAAGACAGAAGGCUUUGCCUGCUUCAGAUAUGUUCCGAUUCCUGUCAUCGUGCCCGAUGUGCCCAUACCAGCGCAAAUAACCUUUAUUUCAGGGAGCUGCUUAAGAAUCUGCGGCCCUGUCCAACGGACAUGUGCUUUCCAGUUAUUCUCAUUUUCGUACUGAUUUGGGUUGACAAUUUCAUCAGAGACAAUUGCCAUCCUUCUUGCGCCCUGGAUCCCGCCGCGUUCGUCAUGUGGGUUAGGCUGCGAAGGCCCCCCGAAGAGGGUGAUGUCGAGCCCGAAGAAUUGCAUCAACCUCAACUUUGCGUAGCUCGUUUUAUUGCUGAGAUAUGCCCUGACAUCGCUGAUAUUGUGGCAUAUCCUUGCGAUCAUUGCCAUCGAAAUUACUGUCGAGCCAGAGCUGUAUUCAAUAAUUGUUUUCGUUUUCCCUGGCACAACACUGGAUUCGAGCAUAUUCAUUGCUAAAAAGCAAAACACCGGCACAAUUAGCUUCAUGUAUCCUUCUUCAGGAGUGCACUCCUGCGGAAAUACGAACCUGGUAUCGCCUUCACGUUGUUCGCGGGGUGCAUUGUCAUCAUCUUUGCAUAUAUCCGUACUCCAUCUUGAUAGAAGGGGUUCAGGGCCUCUGGAACUUCUACAAGUGGAAGUGGAGGUUGGAAAUCGGGGUUGAAGUAUUUCUUCAGAGCAUCGGGCCCGGAAUAUACGUUCAAAAUGUUUGGGUUCGCCAUUUUAUGUUUGACAAGAUUUUCAAGCAGCAAAGAAAUAGGCACCGAGCGGGAUGUUUUCUUCAGAAGAUGAUGGCAGGCAGGACCAUUGGAAGAGAGCGGCCACGAGCCUGGACAUUUAUACAAUACAAUAUGAGCCGUCGCCCAUUCACCUUCAGUGUAGUCAUCCCUGUUCCACGGCUGUUGCAUACGUGUACUUGCAAUUGGGCAUUCGCAUAUCUCAAAACCAGGGGUACAAUAAUAUCUGGCCCAAUCAUGACAUAACUUGGACAGUUCUCUUGAAUUCAGGAAGCGUUGUCGGGUUUUUACGGCCUCCUUGAAUUGUCAAUCUGCCAGGUAAGUAAGGUCUUUGUUCCCCAUAAUUUCGCAUUUUGCCCUAGUCUGUCGUUUCUCUCUAUAGACAGACCCACAGGGGUAGCUCACAAGGUUCUCUUCUGUUAUCUUUGAGUACUGCAUCUCCUUCCUAUCCAAACAGAUAGAAAUUGUAUACUCAGGUACAUGUGAUAUGACAUUACGAUGUUAGGGACGUUAUUGUGUACAAUAAAGUACCUUUGUGGAAAAUGUCCUUUCACGGGUACCUUGAAUGAUAUAGAUCGGGUCGCAGUUCCUGUUCGGCCCGAUUUCGCUGGCUCCUGCGCGGCAUUUUCCAAGCAAAUAAAUAGGCAGAAGAGAUUAAAGCAAAAUCACUUCUAGUGAUCAUUUCCCACGUUCAUGAAAUUGGAGCGCCGUUACUCUUCUCUCCCUGCCUCACUAGUACAAAGUAUCCCAAAUAUCUGUUGUUUUCUCGCUAUCUGGCUAUUCAGGGGACGGAAAUUUAGACAAAGACGCGCCUGUCAUGGGAUCAACACAGCCAUCAAUCUCAGGUCUGUCAGACGCCGGGGAGACUGCUAGAAAUGUCGAGAAAAGUCCUUAUGUUUUCAAUGAACAGACAAACUUCGUCCCAAAGCGUACGAUCAUUACGAUAUUUCUGGCGUGCGCCACUGUUGAUUUGCUCGCUUUGAUGGAUCAAACCACUUUGGCAGCUAGUCUUUCGAUCAUCUCAGAUGAACUGGCUGCCGGAGAUCUAAUGUCCUGGAUUGCCGCAGGGUAUUUUGUAACGUCAACAUCUUUCCAGCUACUCUAUGGCCGUUUUUCCGACAUCUGGUCACGCAAAGUGAUUCUCUACAUUGGCCUCGCGAUCGGUUUUAUAGGAUCCCUAGCAUCCUCUCUCGCACAGUCUGCCAUCCAGCUAAUAGUGUUCCGAGCCUUCACUGGCAUUGGCAGUGGUGGGUUAAUGACCGUGGCCCAGGCGAUAGUCAGUGAUACUGUUCCCCUCCGAGAGCGAGGAAAGUAUCAAGGAAUCCUAGGCGCUGCCGUCGCCCUUGCGAAUGGCAUUGGACCUGUCAUUGGCGGCUCCCUCGCAUCCAUCUCACCUGGCUCGUGGCGAUGGAUAUUCCGUCUCAACUUACCCAUCACAGUACUAACUACUGGCUGCGUGAUCUUCUUCAUGCCCCUGAAAAAAGUAGAAGGAGACUGGAAGUUGAAACUGAGAGCUAUAGAUUUCACCGGUGUUAUACUGGCCCUUGGCGGGACAACGGUGCUUUUGCUGGGUUUGAUAUGGAGUGGGGGUGAUUAUGCAUGGAACUCAGUCCACGUCAUCGCUACAUUGGUUGUCGGAUUUUUUUUCUCGACCGUGUUCGUUUUAUGGCAAUGGAAGGGGACAUCUACGCCUCUUGUACCGAUGCAUAUUUUUAAAUCUCGUAUUGUUAAUGGAGCCAGCCUAACCAUGUUCAUCAAUGGCUGGAAUUUCCUCGUCCAGUUCUACUACAUUCCUCUAUUUUACCAGACAGCAUAUGGCUACUCCGCUACCAAGGCUGCUUCGUUGCUACUUCCGAUUACGUUAACUCAGACCGCUAGCAGCACAUUGUCGGGCCUUGUCGUGCACUGGGUAGGCCGCUAUCGAGAGCCCAUCCUUCUUGGAUGGGUCAUAUGGGCAGUGGGCCUUGGCCUAUUCUCAACGCUCAAUCAAUCCUCAGGUCUUGGAAAACAAAUCGGCUACGGAAUAUUAACUGGGUUUGGUCUAGGGAAUACAUUGCAACCAGCACUCAUUGCAAUACAAGCCGGCGUCGAGCGGCGUGAUAUGGCCGUGGUGUCAUCAUUUAGAAAAAAUCUCGGCGGAACCCUAGGACUUGCCGCCGCCGGAACUAUCAUACAUAACAUCUUACUAUCGUCUGUUUCGCCUCUCAACCUUAGUAGAUCGCAAACCAGUCAACUACUUAAGAGCCCUGGUUCGUUCCUUUCCACCCUGCCGGAAUCGGAGGCUGUCCGUGUCCGGUCCGUUCUUGUCCCCGCAUACCAGAAGGGGUUCCGAAUAAUAUUCCUAAUCGGCGCGGGGCUGGCCGCCUUGGCGUUCUUCCUUGCUGUGUUCCUGAUGCCGCAGGUAACUUUGGAGAGGCCGGAUGACGAUGCUUUGAAAGAAGAAGGGAAGAAGAGCAUUCAGGCUCGCAGGAGGCUAUCGGGUGAGAAAGCCGUUUGAGACUCCAGUUACGUUUCGUAAACGACAACCGUGCAGAGGGUCUUUCAGCAACAAUUUAAUAAGUUUCUCAACAAGCUAAGUGAAAGCAUCAAAUGAAUAUAGAUAGAUCUUGGUUAGAAUAUAGAAUAUAACAGUUUUUUUU